AUGGCUGGGGCGCGCAGUCUGCUCUGUCUGUGGCUGGGCUGCUUCUGCGUGAGCCUGGCUCACGGAGAGAGACCCAAACAGCAUUUCCCCAAGUUCCACAGAGCUGUGCCAGACGACCGCACGGCAGGUGGUGGCCCGAGUUCCGAGCUGCAGCCGCAUGACAAGGUGUCCGAGCACAUGCUGCGACUUUAUGACAGGUACAGCGGCAGUGGCAGGGUCCAGGAGGCACGGACGCCAGGCUCCAGGGAACAGGGAUCCCAGACCCCGAGCCCGCAGCCCCUGCGCGAAGGUAACACAGUCCGCAGCUUCCGAGCCGGAGCAGCAGGAACUCUUGAAUGCAAGGGAUUACAUAUUUUUAAUCUGACUUCUCUAACCAAGUCUGAAAACAUUUUGUCUGCUACACUGUAUUUCUAUAUUGGAGAGCUAAACAUCAACCUGAGUUGUCCAGUGUCCCAAGGAUGCUCACAUCAUCCUCAGAGAAAACACAUUCAGAUAGAUCUCUCUGCAUGGAUCCUUAAAUCUAGUCAAAACCAAAGUCAGCUCCUGGGUCAUCUGUCAGUAAAUGUAGUCAAAUCUCAUCGAGACAUCAUGUCCUGGUUAUCUAAAGACAUCACUCAGCUCUUGAAGAAGGCCAAGGAAAAUGAUGAGUUCCUUAUAGGAUUUAACAUAACGUCCAAAGCAUAUGAGCUGCCAAAGGGGUUGUUACCAUUUCCAGAGCCUUAUAUAUUGGUGUAUGCUAAUGAUGCUGCCAUUUCUGAACCAGAAAGUGUGGUGUCAAGCUUCCAGGGACACCGAAAUUUCCUCACUGGAACUGUGCCAAAACUGGAUAGCCACAUCAGAGCUGCCCUUUCUGCUGAACGAAGGAAAAAGCGCUCUACUGGGAUCUUGUUGCCUCUGCAGAACAAUGAGCUACCAGGGGCAGAGUAUCAGUACAAGGAGGAUGGAGUAUGGGAGGAGAGAAAGCCCUACAAGACCCUUCAAACUCAGCCCAUGGAGAAGGGUAAGAACAAAAAGAAACAAAGGAAAGGACCUCACCAGAAGAGCCAGACACUCCAGUUUGAUGAACAGACCCUGAAGAAGGCAAGAAGAAAGCAGUGGAUUGAACCUCGGAAUUGUGCCAGGAGAUACCUUAAAGUAGAUUUUGCAGAUAUUGGCUGGAGUGAAUGGAUUAUCUCACCCAAGUCUUUUGAUGCUUAUUAUUGUUCCGGAGCUUGCCAGUUCCCCAUGCCAAAGUCUUUGAAGCCGUCAAACCAUGCUACCAUCCAAAGCAUAGUGAGAGCUGUGGGAGUUGUUCCUGGGAUUCCUGAGCCUUGCUGUGUGCCAGAAAAGAUGUCCUCUCUCAGCAUCUUAUUUUUUGAUGAAAAUAAGAACGUAGUGCUUAAAGUGUAUCCUAACAUGACUGUUGAAUCCUGCGCUUGCAGAUAACUUGGAAAAGAACUCAUUUGAAU